AUUCUCCGCUAUCUCGAGGCCCAGUACGAGGCCACCCUUCUCGAAGAGUCCAAGGUCAAGCGCAACCCCAAGUCGCCCGACUACCAGACUCACGCCUGCCUCUACUUCCUGGAUCCCCAGCUCACCCACGCCUGCGGCGGCCUCACUCCCAUCGACCAUCUUGUCCUCAAGGAGCUCUGCCCCCGAGUCAACAUCAUCCCUGUCAUUGCCAAGGUCGAUCUCCUGACUGUCCGCCAGCUCAAGUCGCUGCGUGCCUCCAUCCUCAAGGACAUUGAGGAGCACGACCUCAAGAUCUUCAACUUCCCCGACGACCCCGAGGAGGAGGACGAGGAGAUGGCCGCCAUCAACGCCGAGCUGCGAUCGUUUGCUCCCUUUGCCGUCGUCAAUUCGGAGGAGGAAAACGGCCAUGUCGGCCUGAUCAUCGAGAACGAGCGUAUCCUGUGCCGUCAGUACCUGUGGGGCCUCGUCGAGGUCCAGAACGAGGACCACUGCGACUUUUUGCGUCUCAAGCAGGCUGUCUUUGGCACCCACAUGAACGAGCUGCGGGUCACCACCAGAGAAAUCUUCUAUGAGGCCUGGAGAACCGAGAAGCUGCUG